UUUUGCCACAUGCACAACGGUCAAACUAAAAAUCGCUGUUGGAAAAAGUAAAUAAACAAAUGUCUGAUGAAGAGGAGCAUUAUAUGUCGGACAAGUUCCUGUCUGGCCUGCAGGAUGUGCGUCCCAGCUUGGUCCAUAAUCGCGGCAAGAAGCGACAGAUUGAAAUGGAAAGCAAAAAAGAGGAGCUGAAAAAGCGGCAACGGGAAGCGACCGCUUCUUUUGGAAAUAUGGACAAUGUUCGCCUACAACAGUCGCUCAAUAAACCGAUAUCUUCCGACAACAAGGGUUUUCAGCUGCUGGCCAAAAUGGGCUAUAAAGCUGGUUCUGGAUUGGGAAAACAACAAGAUGCCCGGACGGAACCUGUUGGUAUUACUAUCAAGAAUGACCGAGGGGGCCUAGGACGAGAGGCAGCCGUGGCCGAGUUAACCCUUAAGCGGCAGGAACUGCGAAGGGCCCAUCUCCUUAGCAAAGCCGGCAUCGAAUCCCACGAGGAAAUCACCACCGAAGCUUAUAGGAGGCGUGCCACACACAAGGCUGAAGAGCGCAAGCUACAGUUUGACAUUAAAAGGUGUCAGCAGACCUGCGAGUCAUUAGACCUUAAAUCUGGUAUCAGUGAACCCGAUAUGGAGUUCUUUUGGCCACCUAAACCCAAAGAGGAUGAUGAAAUAGAAAGCGAAGAUGAACCUGAAGUCGAGGAGCCACAAAAGGAGGAAUCGUACACUCCAUCGGAGCAACUAGAACUCCUCACUGGCUAUCUGCGCACCGCCUAUUCAUUCUGUUACUGGUGUGGAACACAUUACGAGGACGCUGAAGAUCUGGCCACCAACUGCCCAGGACUCACACGCGACGAUCACUAGCUCCAGUAAAAAAGGCAUAAACUAGAUUAAUUACACAUAAUUUCACAAAAUCUCUGCAGGUUAAAAUUUGUUUUACAAUAAUACGUAGUCAAAAAACA